UUCGUUUACUGUGUGACUCUUUUGGUUUCUCUGGCAGUGAUAGGUUUUUCAAUUUGGUUACAUUUCAGCGACAGCGUUACGCUUUGCCAGAAAGUGUUGCUGAAACCUUUGCUAAUACUGGGAGUGUUUCAGCUGGUUGUUUCGUUUUUGGCAUUAGUUGCGUCGUUGUGUCGAGUCACGUUUAUCAGCUGGAUAUGUGUGAUCUCGUUGUCCUUGAUUUUUUGGGACUGCUCUGUUUGUCGCUGUUCGGAGUUUUGGUGACUAAUAGAAAUGCGAGCAGGGCUUUAUUUGGGAGAGAUGGAAAUUACUCCCACUACUUGUUGAAGAAGUAUGUGUUGAAUGCAGAGAAUUGGGAGCAGAUUAAGAGCAGUUUGAUUGAUUUCAAAGUUUGUCAAACUGUUGUCGAGUUGUUGCCAGCCUCCCACUUAUUGCGGCUUGGAGUUUCACAAUGCUACCUACUGGACCAUGCCCAAAGCAGGGCCGGCAGUAGCAGACAAUGA